AUGAAUGAGACCGUGGAGCUGCCGACAGAUGGGAAUUCCCUGAUCAGAGCUGUCUACCAGAGCCGAUUGCGCCUCACCAGGCUGUUACUGGAAGGUGGGGCCUACAUCAACGAAAGCAACGACAGAGGUGAAACCCCUUUAAUGAUUGCUUGUAAGACAAAACAUGUGGAUGCCCAGAGUGCCUGCAAGGCAAAGAUGGUUAAAUAUCUACUGGAAAACAAGGCAGAUCCAAACAUACAGGACAAGUCUGGAAAGACAGCCUUGAUGCAUGCUUGUUUAGAAAAAGCAGGGCCUGAGGUGGUUUCUCUGCUACUGAAAAGCGGAGCUGACCCAGGCCUACAAGAUCACUCUAACAGCUCUGCGCUGGUGUAUGCAAUAAACUCUGAAGACAAAGAGACCCUGGAAGUUCUUCUCAAUGCCUGCAAAGCGAGAGGAAAAGAGGUAAUCAUAAUCACAACAGACAAGUCUCCAUCAGGAAGGCAAACAACAAAGCAAUACUUAAACGUGCCUCCUGUGGACCUCAGUGAACAUUGUUCCCCAGCUGCCUGCACAUCCCCAUCCGAAAUAGAACUGAAAACAUCUCCACCCCCACUUUCAAGCUCCAAUGAAACUAAAAGUGCACUCUUCAGCUUUAAGGAUCUGGACCAUCCCAGAAGCACAGACAACCCAUCUAAGUCAGUUUCACUGAGAAAUUCCAGUUCAACAAAUGCGGUUUCCAAGCUGGCACAAGUGCAGCGGCUGCAUUCCGAACCUUGGAUAAAGAGCUCUCCGCUGUUUCACCAGAGUAAAAUUGCCUCUUUACAUGGAGAGAUUCAGGAUGUAACUCCAGAAGAGCUCUCUUUUAAAAUCAAUGGCCUUGCCUUAUCAAAGAGGUUCAUUACCAGACACCAAAGUAUUGACAUAAAAGACGCUGCUCAUUUACUGAAAGCUACUGAUCAAACUGAAUUGAAGAAAUCAUCAUAUGAUGAGUUAAACUCUCAGAGUCUUUGUGGUGAAGAGAAGCUUUUCCCCAGUGGGAUUCCUGUGGGUGAGGAUUCCAGUUUAGGACAGAUCAGCUUCAUUUCAGACCUGAGCAGUAUUAUCCAGAAAAGAAAUUUAGGAGCAAAUCAUUACAGCUCUGAUUCUCAGUUAACUACUAGUCUACGUCCUGCUGCUGCAGAAGACAUUAAGUCAGUGAUAGGAAAGAAAAAGAUCACCUCUGCAUCUCACUCUUUGUUACCAAGUUCUAGAGAAUUAUAUGAGAGCGUGCCUCCUGUUCCCCUGAGCAGAAGAAAUCAGACUGUUCUAGAAAGAUGGGGUUCAGGGGCUUUAUUACUGGAUCACUUUGCUCAGACAAGACCAGGUUUUCUUCCACCACUGAAUAUGAAUCCACACCCCCCAGUUCCAGAUAUUAGUUUCCUAGAUAAGGUUUCUGGGGUGAUUUCUUAUGGGCAAAAACAGUUACUACCAGCAGUAGCUGCUUCCUCUAGGGAGACCAAAAGUAAAAAAAUGCUACUAAGGAGGCAGUCAUUACAAACUGAACAGAUAAGGCAAUUACUGAAUUUUUAA